AACAGGUUACGUCAGUUCAAUUUUUCAAAUUAAAUCAAGCGAAAGGAAUAACAAAAAAACGCAUCUCUUUAAUUUCAUUAUGAGCAACGGUGAAAUUACCAUUCAAAUCACAGCUUGGAACGAAUUAGCUAUCAAAUAUGCAGCUUUAAUAACUAAAACAGAACAGGUUUAUACUUUACAAAAGGUAGUACCUAAAAUCCCUUCAAAAAAAGAAUUUUUACACACUGCAUCUUUCCCAUAUGAAUUACUAAUUCGAACUUGUACUAUUGUCGUACCUAUUGGCAUUUAUAAAACACCACAACAAAUUGAAAAUAUUCAUGUGACCGAAAUACAUCAAGCCAGAGCAAAAAAUGGAUUAAUAAUAGAAAUAAUUAGUUAUAUAAAAAUGAUUUUCGAAAAAUCACCCAACAAUAAUUUUUACAUUGGUGCGAUCACCGACGGUCAUUAUAAUCUAACUGUUUUGAUUACACUUGACGGAAAAUUUGAGGAUGACUUCACUUAUGGAUCACAAAUUAUGGUAACUGGAAGAAUGCGAGUCCUCGACAAUAAACCACCCUACCUUUCAGUUUCUUCGAUAAGAAAUAUAAAACUACUCGAUGGCGAAAAAAUGUCAUUUUUAAAAACCUUAAAUGGCUAUCAUCCUAUCCCAUAA